UGUUUCCAGCCACAGGGGCAUUUAACGGGCACAGCACAUCCAGAGGCACGCUACAGAAUGGCGGAGGGUGAAAUCACUUUACUAUCCUUGGGGCCAACGACACAGGACUGUCAAAGCAAGACUGCAGACCUCUCACAAGGCUCUACUGUAUGAACGGAGGACAUCUUCAGAUCCUACCUGAUGGAACUGUAGCGGGUGGCAGAGAUGAAAACAAAUAUGACAUUCUAAAUGUUAAAGCAGUGAGUGCUGGUGUGGUGGCCAUCAAGGACCAUGAGUCGGGCCGCUACCUGGCCAUAGACAAAGAUUGUAAUCUCCAUGGAUCAAUAAAAACUUUGAAGGAUGAGUGUUACUUCCCGGAGAAGACGGAGGAGAACUAUUACAACACGAACAGGUCUCAAAAGUACCAGGACAAAGACUGGUUCCUAGGGCUCCAGAGGAACGGGCAGCCUAAAGCUGGCCCAAGGACACACAUAGGCCACAAAACCAUCUAUUCUGCCUCGACCUGUUGACAACACCCCCAUGUGAAGGCAAAAGACAGCAAAUGUCAACAAGGACCAUGCUACAGAAAUCAAUCACCUCCGUUCACUUUGACCAAUGUGCUCUU